ACAAUAAACACCGCUGCACCUGUCAACUUGCCGAUCAGCCGUGCAAGAGCAGACAUAUUUAUUUAUUUUCUUUGUAGCAAAAUAGGGGGAGAGAAAAAACACACACACAAGACACAGGAGUUGCUCAACAAGCCGGGACCCACAUUCCUGGCAACGAGAUUCACGAAAACUUCCCGCCCGGUGUGUGUGUGUGGUGCGUGUGUCCUAAAUUCCGAACUCCGGUCUGCAUCGGAACACUGUCGUCCACGCUGCACGGAUCCGGAUCACGGACCAUCCGACGGUAGCCCGUGAUAUGGUUUGUGCUACGCUGUUCGGUUUGCCGUCAGCCGUCCAUCAAAAUUUUCACCGGUGCGCCCGGUACCAUCACAAUCAGCCGUGUUCCGUCUGAAUCGAGCCAAGCAAUCAACGUACUGCCGAGCGCAUGUAUUCCGCCUUCGUGUUCAAUCCGCCUGUUGCUGGAACGUGAAAAAGAUAUACGUAUCGCAAGAUGUUACUAACACUCGGCACACACUGCACACUGCUAGCAGCUUCCGGCCGUUCGGUGCUGCCGGAAUUGCUGUUACGUGCUGCUUACCAUCGUUCGGCAUACUCGCUAUCCGGCAGCUGGAUCGGUCGUGGUGGUCGAAGUCUACCGGGAAACAAUGAACGGCGUGUGGGCACAUCCCAGGUCUGCUCGUACGAUGCUUCGGUCCGGUUCGGUGGACGGAGCAAUACCUCCGGCCGCCUUUUCCCAGCUGCAGCCAGCAUCGGUAGCUACCAGCGGCGCUACUCAUCCGACCUCAAGAAGAAGCAACCGCGUGUAGUCGCGGUGAAAUCGGUCGAAGGAUCGGAACUGUUGCAGAACGUGCUGCAAAAGAACAAACAGCUGCUGCAGGAAAAGCGCGAUGUGCUGGUACGGGAUAUCCGCGAGCGGAAGGACAAGGUGAAGGAACGGGUCGAGGAGGUAAUCGAGCGGGAAAACGUUGCCACCGUACCGAACCUGCUGUGCAUUGGGCGUAUCGUCGCAUCGCCCUACCUUGGGUACGUCAUCGUGCAGGGUGAAUUCCGGCUCGCGAUGGGCAUGCUAAUUGUGGCCGGACUUACCGAUCUGGCCGACGGAUUGAUUGCGCGCCACUGGCCGAGCCAGGCUAGCCGGCUCGGUUCCUUCCUCGAUCCGAUGGCGGACAAGGUGCUGGUCGGGUCGCUCGUUAUCGCGAUGAGCUACAUCGAUCUGCUGCCGCUCUGGCUCACCGCCAUGAUACUCUUCCGCGAUGUGUUUUUAAUCGGGGCCGGAUUCGUCAUACGCUACAUCAGCCUACCACAACCGCGCACCCUUUCCCGGUACUUUGACGUGACGCACGCUACCGCCCAGCUGGCGCCCACGUUUGUCAGCAAGCUCAAUACUGCCGUACAGCUGGUCGCUGUCGCCGCCACGCUCGGUGCACCGAUCUUCAACUACGUGGACCAUGCGUACCUGCACGGGCUGUGGUAUCUGACUGGGUUUACCACGGUGGCGGCCGCCGUUAGCUACCUCACCAACAAGGACACGUACAAAAUAUUGCGCAAAAAGUCGUAGUCGCGUGUGAUUUUAUUUUUAUUUUUAUUUUUUUUUCGUUGUUGUUUGAGUCAUUCUUUCCAAGCAAAGAAGAAACAAAAAAAAAAAGAAAACCCCGUAUUCGCUACGGGCCCACCCAGGGGUAGGCACAGGUUUUGGUCCCAAAAAUAUGUAAAUAAAUAAAACUAGAUCCUCCUUAUUAGACAACACUUUCGGUUUUGCUUUUGAUUUGAAAUUAAUUUUUCUAAACAAAAUUUCUUUCCAAAAUUAAGCAAACGUAAGGCUGUAAAACUGGGAAGCAGAAUAUCUUGUCACGAAAGAUCAAUAAAAUUGAUCCGGAAUACGAA